CACUGCAUCUAGAUUUCAUUGUGAAUGCUCUUUUAAAGAUGGGGGGAAACAUUACUGAAAACUACGCCUUUGACUUAUGUUAUAGAAAUGAUACGGCCACGUCCUGGGUACCUGCGAGCUUGGAAUACAUCUUUGGGACAAUGGGUAAUGUCAUCGCGCUCGUUCUUCUGUGGAUCAAUCGCCGUGAACACCAAUGGAGUUCCUUCUACAAGUUGUUCACCGGCCUGGCAAUCACUGAUUUCCUGGGGAUAUUUCUUACUUAUCCAUUCGUAAUGCAUAGGUACGCCACGGGAUUCACGUGGUGUUAUCCGAAGCCUCUUUGUGAAUUUGUCUCUUUCACGUUUCUCAAUGCUCAGUUAUCUGGGGCUUUACUUAUCUGUGCAAUGUCUGUUGACCGAUUUAUGCAUCUGAAGUAUUCUGCAGGCGAUGAAACCUCAAGCAAGCGCUACACGCUAAUUCUAGUAGGAAUAUGGAUAACCUCCAGCUCAAUAGCGUCAUUACACAUACUUGGUGUUGGGAAUACUAAUCUGUACUUUCCCGGAUCUUGGUGUUACUUUGAUUUUGUAAGAAACACUACUGGAAACCGCAUUAUGUCGUACUUUUAUUCCACGAUUGGUUUCAUUAUCAUACUUGUUAUAAUCACGACGAACGUCAUUACAAUAUACCGAAUCUGCAGAGACCCAGAACUAAGAGUGAACCUCCUGGACGGCAGUCGUGUUUCCGGAUUUUAUGAUUCCCAUGUCAUGAUUUUCUUAACUGCUGUUACUGUUCUGUUUGUUAUUUUAUGGACCCCUCUUGUUGUGGACAUCUUUUUACAUGCUACCAAUAUCAGAACACAACAUGAGAACGAUGCAGUAGAGUUAUGGCUUUUCAGAAUGUCUGUAUGUAACGCUAUUGUGGAUCCGUGGUUAUAUAUUGUGCUCAGGAGAGAGUCCCUGCGGAAAAUAAUUUUGUUUUAUCGCAAUUGUAGAAAAGUGCCGACGUCUCAACAGUUAGACGAACCUGGAUUGGACGAAACGGACGCGUUACUUCAGAGAUAAACGUGUUCAUUUUCACUAUUGCAGAUUAAUACAUUAUAUACAACAUGUGGUUCAACCUGAGUCAACAAAAUUGGUGUUUUACUUCGUAAAUAGAACUUGACGGUUACCUUACAUAUACCAUCACAGAUAAGAUGUGACGGAAAAUAUAUAUUCACUUUCUUUAGAUGCAGAGAUGAAUCAUGAAGUAGAAUAGCAAGAAGACAGAACAUUACAAGAUAACUUAGACUUACGUGCAGUGAAAACAAUACUUAUAUAAUCUAAUGAAAUAUGUGUUUAGAUGCGACUUAACUUUAUAUACUGUUUAUCUGCAAUGCCAAUCACACGUUACCUUUUAUCUUGUGUCACAUUCAUCUGCAACCACACUGAUCACUGCAUUUUAUUUUGCAUAGUCCUUUCUAGUAUGAUGUCCUUGGUGUCAUGAUAAGUUCAUAUCUUUAUUAUCUGUAAAUCAUCUUCAUUUUACAAACUUUUAAUUUCAAUUCAGAAAUAAAUAGGCAUUUCAAACACUUCACUGGUAUAUGAAGUGAGGCGACCACGUGAUGGAAUCUUGUGAAACCCAAUGGCAUUCUCAGCAUAUUUAAUGAGCUACCCCCUUAUUCCGUGGCCUAAGGAAGUUUUUUAAAUAGUUACUCAUCAUUUAUAUAGACAUUAGAGACGAACUUAAAAAGUUUUAAAUCAUAUCAUUAACCACCCGUCGUACGAUGAUGACGCGAUGACUGUCACAUUUCAUGUCCAAACAACAUACAUGUACCAUACUUUUUAAACUUGUUCAAAAAAUUAAACUGUAUACAAGUUUA